GGAAGAGCGAACAUAGCAGAGUGUGGAAGCUACUGCAUUUAAAUCGGAAGCACAUUUGUUUUAAUUCCCCUUGAUUCUAAUGGUUUGCACGUUUUAAUGAUUCACGGGGGAUAACGAGGUCUAGUGGAUACGUUUUAAGUGGACCAUUGCUACAAACUAAAGGGAUUUUUGGAGAGCGCGGGGCAGAUGGAGGAUCCUCCUGCAGAUUCUGGCGGUGGUGGCGGCGGUACAUCAGCGGAGGGCCCCGCGGUGCAGGUGGUAGAUAUCUGCUGGCCGACCGUGGCUCCCCCGCUACGGCUUCUAGAGUGGAAGGUCAAACCCGGGUCUCUUGUUAACGUUGACUCUGUGCUAGCACUGUGUGCUCCCGUGCCUCAGGAGCAGGGGGCAGAGGCUUCCAGGCUGCCAGAGAAGAAGGUGAAAUCGGACCGUGCUGGAGUAGUGAAGGAGCUAUGUUGUCAACUUGGACAAGUCAUUCCUCCCGGGGGGGUCAUUGUCAGAAUAGAAGAAUGCAGCCAUCCGAUAGUGAUGAAGGGUUUAUGUGCUGAAUGUGGCCAGGACCUGACUCAGCUGCAGAGCACGAAUGGGAACCAGCAAACUCCCAUCUCCACAGCAACAGUCUCCAUGGUGCACAGUGUCCCUGAGCUGAUGGUCAGCUCAGAGCAAGCAGAACAGCUGGGCAGAGAAGACCAGCAGAGACUCCACCGGAACAAAAAGCUGGUCUUGAUGGUGGAUCUGGACCAGACCCUGAUCCACACCACUGAACAGCACUGCCAGCGUAUGUCUAAUAAGGGAAUUUUCCACUUCCAGCUCGGGCGAGGAGAGCCUAUGCUCCACACACGACUACGACCGCAUUGCAAAGAAUUCCUGGAGAAAAUUGCCAAACUCUAUGAGUUACAUGUCUUCACAUUCGGGAGCCGCCUUUAUGCACACACCAUUGCUGGUUUUCUGGAUCCUGAAAAGAAGCUUUUCUCUCACCGGAUCCUUUCUAGAGACGAAUGCAUCGAUCCUUACUCCAAGACGGGGAAUCUUAGGAACCUUUUCCCUUGUGGGGAUUCAAUGGUCUGCAUAAUCGAUGACCGAGAGGAUGUGUGGAAGUUUGCACCUAACCUCAUCACUGUGAAGAAAUACAUCUACUUCCAAGGCACAGGGGAUAUCAACGCUCCCCCCGGAUCACGGGAAGCUCAGAUGGCCAAGAAAGCAGGAGGCCCCUCAGGCCGGCCGGCAGAGAGCACAGAAUCAGCAGGGACGCUUGGCGCAGAAGAGCAUAAUAAUGGCCUCAGGAAAAGGGCGAAGGACCACAGUGUUUCUGGAAAAGAUGAACCCGCAACAUCUCAGUCUUCUCAGGGAGUACCAACAAAUGAACGGACUCAUCCCACAGGGGCUGUGGAGGACGAAUCAGGACAAAGUAAAGAGUCAGUGACUGAGGCAGUGCCUGGGGCAGGGUCAAAAGAAAAUCAGGGCGGUGACAGAACAAAUGUAAAGGAAGAUGAUAGCAACAGGAUACAAGAGGCGCAGGAAGGUGCAAACUCAUCGGCACCGAGCCACGAGUCCAAUAAUUUGGACUUUGACCUUUCCAGUGACAGUGAUAAUGACUCCAUUACAGAAAAGCCUCCCUCGUCAGAGAGUGAUAAUGAAGGAAAGUCUUGCCAAGGAAAGAAGCAUGGACAGGAAGGUGUUACACAAGAGCCCAGUGAUGGGGAAGGGGCAAGGUUGGGGGACAGUAAAGGUCGGGGGGAAGGAGAAAACACCUCUGAUGUAGCUGAACCUUCAGGAGUUCUUCUCCCAGACCCCGAGCUGGGAAAUGGCUGCUCAGAUAGGAGAGAGCCAGAAACAGAGUCCCAGAAUAGUGAACAGUCUGGGGUCACCAUGGGGGAGGAGCUGCUGGACCAGAGUAUGGAGGACGAGGAGGAGGAGGAAGAGGAAGCCGAUAACGAUCAGGACGAUCACCUGGUCUACCUGGAGGAAGUGCUAGAACGGAUUCAUGCUGAGUACUACGCCCGCUACGAGGCCUACCUGAGAAAGGAGGUCUCUGAAAUGCCGGACAUCCGCAAGAUUGUCCCAGAGCUCAAAGGCAAGACACUGGAGGGCACCAUGAUAGUGUUCAGUGGUCUGUACCCGACCAACUACCCCAUGGAAAGGACCCGUGAGUACUAUCAUGCCAAGGCACUGGGGGCUAAGAUCGGCAAGAAUCUGGCUCUCAGCUCACAAGAUGCUAAUCGGACAACACAUCUCAUCGCAGCAAGAGCUGGCACCGAGAAGGUUCGUCAGGCACAGGGCUGCAAGCACCUUCAUGUUGUCAACCCCGACUGGCUGUGGAGCUGUCUGGAGCGCUGGGAGCGGGUGGAGGAGCAGCUGUACCCACUGAAGGAGGACUACUCCAAGACGCCAAGGAGCAACAGUCCAGCAACUUUCCCUGACAACCAGGGCUCCCUGCAGAAGCCUGUUUUCCAUGCAGCUCCCAUCCACCACAGACCUUCACCUCCAGCCCUCGAGAUUCGGACCUACGACCCCGUCACGGGGAAGCUGAUCCGCAGGGGCCCUCAGGUGUCACGGCCACCGCCCUACCUCCAGGCAUCAGGGUCUUUGUUGCUCUCUGAUCACAGGGAGCAGUCUUCUCUCAGGGGAACCUCAAAGAGUCAGCAGGAUGACGGGGCAGGGUCCAGCCAAGACGACGAGCAGCCGGGACCGUCUCGUCGGAAACGACAGCCGAGCAUGUCAGAAACGAUGCCUCUAUACACACUUUGCAAGGAGGAUCUAGAGAGCAUGGACAAAGAGGUGGACGACAUCUUAGGUGAGGAGAGCGACAACGAGAGUGAGGGGCGAGGGAAGGAGAAGCCAGGUAAUGAGGAGCAGCAGCAGCAGCAGCCAGAAGCUGGACAGGUGGCAGAAGGAGGGCUCGGUCCCCAGGCACUGAGCAUGGAAGAGAAGCUUCAGACACCAUCCAAUGAGGCCAGUCUGCCAGGUGGUGUGCCAAGGGGCCACAAACGUAAGCAUGAAGAAGCCAAGGAGGACGAGGAUGACGAUGAGGUGGAGAAUAAGCAAUCUGCCGAUGAGUCCUCCAAAGACUCCAAUGAAGAAGAAGAAGGCAGUAGCUCAGAGGCAGACGAAAUGGCUGCCGCCUUGGAGGCGGAGCUCAAUGACUUUAUGUGACGUGGAACCUGAAGAGACUCAGUCACAGGAAAAGGACAACGAACUAUCAAACCCCAGUCGUCCCUGCAAGUGGUACCUAAAAACUUAUUUUUCUGCUUUGGAAUUGGUGUGUACUUAGGAUGUAUGAGCCAUGAAUGUGUGCUGUAAUAAAAAUGAAUGUCCUGUACAUAAAUUACAAUUGUUGCUGUGUAAAUAAAGGCUUAGAUUUUUUUGUAGUAUUGAUAUAUAGCCUUUUUGGCAUAAAACACUGUUGUUAACGUUUUAUUGUAAGAUAAACAAACUAUAGGAGAUAUGAAAUUUGAUACCUUUUUGUUUUACUGUUUUCUAUUUCAAUUUUUAUAUUGAUGGGAAAAAAAAGAUAAAUGAAAUAAUUAACCAUAAAUUUUGCUGGUCGUACAUGCCAAAGAGUUUGGAACAGGUUUGCCAAGGCGUGCAGCUAAAAGUUUUACUCUUGACUUCCAGUUUUAUUUUUCUUUUGGCCUCCUCAACGGUUUUUUAGGAUCAUAAAUUCAACCAGUGGAUCUAGACGUUUGAAUGUGUUCUCUCGAGUUGUUUGUUCCUCCUCAGUGUCCAUCUGAUGACGUAAUGGUAAGGAAACUUUCUCUUUUUGUGAUGACACUCGGUGCAUUAUCACUGUAUAUAUUUUACAGUUCAGAAGGACAGAAACUCCUAAUACCUGGCCUCUGUUUAUGGUGAGACCCUUUUUAAGGGUAAGUUCAUCCCAAAAAAAUCAGAUUUUCUCACUUACCUUUAGUGUUACCUAACUAUGCAUGUAGUUUUUUUUUUUUUUUUUUUUCUGCCCAGGCUUUAAGAAAUGUGUCUGAGGCUUCUGCCUCCACCCCAGGACAAUGGUACAGCCUACCAUCAACCUUGAGAUAGACGGAUGGAUGGAUGGACAGACAGGUAGAUAGAAUUAAACAAAGCAAAUUGAUUGAGAUAUAACUUGUGCUGUCCACAGGACAGAGGAAAUAAAAUGGUGAAUGCUGUCAUUCUGGUGCUUUCAGUCUAUCAAAUACAGUUUAUGGACUAUCAUACCAUUUUCUGUAUUUCUUUGACACCAGUUUGCUGGUAUGACAGUUCAGUUUAAGAUUUAGAAUUCUGGGUCUUUUAAUCUAAAUGCCAGAUGUAUAUUGUGAAAGCUGUAGUGGGUGAUUAGACUGAAAAACAGCCGUGUGUUUAAAGAGUCUUCGUUGGUGAAUGCUUGUUGUUGCUUUUACCAGUGAGACAAUGAAAUUCCAAUUCAUUCAUCAAAUCCAGUUUGAGCUGAUUUUCAGAUCCUCGAGUUAAAAUGCUGUUCAGCAGUUUAUUCUAUCGUGGGAAAGGAUUUUACUGCCAAUUUUUUUUUCUUUAGUUGUUACUAUGGUGAGGUAAACAAAAAUUAGACAUCCACAUUUCAUAUGUGAUCUGUUUUACACAGGCUCGAUUAGCCAACACAGCAUCUUUCUGGAUGACGGUGCGUUCUGUUGGUGUAAAAGUUGAGCCAGUCCAAGGGAAAUGUGCCUGCAGUUUUUCACAGAACAAUCUGUAGGUUUUGUUUACAGAACGCACUGUUUAUGACUCUGUUGUCAUCCAUUUACAAAGAUUUCCAGACUAUUAUCAGUUCCCAACACAUUUCUGUCUGGUGCUUUUUUUUUAUGUUUUGUUUAAAUGAUGGAAGUGCCCUCAAACUAAAUUCCAGUCACCUUCACUGUAUUGGUUUGUCAGCAGAAAUCUCAGACAGAUAUCUUUAAACCCAGAACUGCCUGCAUGGCUAGAUAACUCUAGAAGUAAGUGAGAAAAUCUGUUUUUGGUAAUUUGGGUGAACAGACUUUUUAAAUCUGCACGAGGCAAGAUGUGAAUACAGUAUUAAAAAUGUCUAACAUUAGCUGGAGUUACAGUUUUUUUCCCCAGACGACAUUUUGAACCUGUUUACCUCAGAAAGUGAUAAAGUAAAACUCAAAGAGAAAGCAGGACUCACCAGCAUAUCGUCCCUUUGGUGUCCUAUCACAGACCAGCCAACACUGUGUGACCGCACUUUACUGACAUCACACAUUUAUAGGACGUCUGGGUGUUGAAGAUCAACAGCUUCCAUCUCUUUAUCAUUAAAAAAAAAAAAAUCACGCAAAGUUGCCAACUGUGACUCUAACUGUGUUCGACGUAUG